ACUUUUUACAGGUGAACAGAGAUAUUGUGUCUGGCCUGAAGUAUCGUCAAGUGACCUACAAGAAAGGAGUACGAAAGAACACCGCCGUGUGCAUGAUGGGAAGCUACGGCCCACGAGCAGAAGAGCAGGAGUUCCUGUGUCCCGCUGACGAGGCGCCUAAGGGGAUCAUGUCCCGAGGUCAAUACGUGGUCAAGUCUUGCUUCACUGAUGACGACAAGAACGUCUACCAAUCUUGGGAGUGGAUCCUCAACGUCAGCAAGGAUGGGAAUUAACGGCGGAGUGUGAGGAUGAUGAUGAUGCUGAAUGAUUUCCCUGCUUCCUCUCCUGCUUUUUAUUUACCGUACCCUGCCACUGUGUCAUCUUCUUCCUUUCCGUAAUCACGCUCGCUGAGACAGGAAGCUGUUUGCAGGUGUCUCGUCACAUUUUCUUUACACUUUCUUCUUUUCUAGGUUAUCUCGAUUAAUCCUGAUAUGGUUUAUGCUUUUCAUGUUUCUCCUAUCUGCCUUAUCUUGUCAUGUGGCCUAUCACAGAGAGUCAGUUUUAAGCACAUAAUGAAACUUGGCAGAAGGAUAUUUAACAUGGGAUGGUGUAAAACUAUAGAAGCUGCAGGUACCUGCAAGAUCUGUUUGUUCUGAUUUACUGAAAGAUUGUUUUUGGGACAGUCGAGGUAGUGCAAAACACUGACAGGAAGGCGAACACGCUGCUUAAAACCGGGUAGUUGAUCCAAUUAAAUCCUCUUGGACACCAAGGAGGAACUCUGGACAGUAAUUAGUGUCCAGCUUCAAAUGAUUGGACACAGCAUCUCCCGGGGUGCCGAACCCAAACAAACGCACACAAUGAAUGCAGGAAAAAGACGUGCUCCUUUCAGCUGUCAAUUGCUUUGGGAAUCAUCGACCCGUUUUGCAUUUAUGUACGUUCAACAACCGCAAGAAAGAAAAGGAGUUGCAGUGAUAUUUUCUGCAAUCGUGUUUCUUCACGUGUCUUUUAACUGGUGUCCAUCGAGUCUUUGAUGGGGGUUUGAUUGGUGUGUUGAGAGUUACGGUCAGAAGAAAAAAAAAACAGUUUGUGUGAGUUAUUUUGUUUGACUCCAUGUUUUUGUGAUGUAAAAAUAAUGAUUUUGAUGCAGAAGGUCUGAGAUAUUCUCGCUGACAACAAACGUUUUCUAGAAGAAGUGGUCUGAUCUGGAUGCAGUAGUAUAAAAAGAUAACAUGUACACUUUAUAUGUAAUACGAACACACAUUUUAUGGUGGGAAAUGACAAAGUACGACAUGAAUGGAUAUUAAAAACAGUGGGUGGAUUAAUCAAUUAAUUAGAAAUUAACUCAUUUUGACUGUGGCUCAGUGGAACCGAACUAGUUUGGAAGCAAUAAAAGCGUGAUAGAACCAGAGAUUGGACAUGGACGUCUAACAUAAACUGCUUCAGUAAUCCUGGUCCUCCACCCAACACCUUUGUGGUAAAUAUGGAGAUCAGCAAUGGUGGGGGGGGAUAUAUUUUCUUUGCCAGGAGCUGGUAGAAGCUCAUAUGCCCUACUCUAAUUGUAUCUGGAAAACGAUACGGUUUUCUACAUUUUUCCACUGGAUUUUAAUGCAGACUGUCAGAAUAACCAGGGUACACCCCUUGAAAAAGUUUCAAGGGGCAUGAAUCGUUUUCCAAGCAUCUUCCGUAUAGUAAACAUUGUAGAAACUUAAAACUUUUAUUUACGCUCUACAAAGACAAGUAUUAGACUAUUUCCAACUUCCUGAGUCAUCUAAUACCGUGCUAAACACAGUGAAGCUGGACUACAAGCUUCACAUGUGCUGCCAUCAACAGCAGAGCAAAGACAGCUGUGUCUAAACGCACGUUACUGGCUUUUCAACACUCGUAAUUUCAUAACUUUCCAUCACUCUGGGGUCAUAAGCUUUUGUUGUCAAAAGAAAAUGAUUAAAAAGCAUAUAUGUUUUGAACCUAAAAGCUGAAUUGCAGUUUAAAGGACAAAUAUCAUCACAUUUCAGAACCAGAAAACAUUAAAAAAAAUGACCAUACAAUUAUUUUCAAAUGAAAAAAACAAGUCUUCUGAACCAACUUUAUGCCACCGCUAGAACAGUUAAUGCAUUAGUCAAUUAGUGAGUCUACAGCUGGACAGAAAAUAAUGUUACAUUCGAUGUUUUCUGUUUCCAGUACAAAACCUCUAAUGAGAACAGCGAGACUUAAACAAGGACUGCUCUGUGAAAUAAAACUGAAAGAAAUUGUGUUUUGUGAUAAACUUAUUUGCAGGAAAGGGCUGAUGAAUGCUCGAGUACGUCAGAGUGACGACGCUAGUCACAAGAGAAGCAGAUAUGACAUCUAUCUGAAUGCUGCAUAAUAUUAAAAAAAAGUUCCAGUUAUACUUUUAAUAAUAAGUUAAUAAUCAUUUUUGUUAAAUUAAAGGUUAACUGAAAAUAUGAUUAAGUGCUUUUAAAUCCCUGUAGGGUGCUGGUUUGUUGAGUUUCCUUAGUGUUGCACUUGGACAACAUUUCUCUUGAUUCCCUCAUCCUCACUUGAUAAAUUGUGAUAUAAAUCAUCACUUUACAGAAUGAACUGGAACAGGAAUCCUUGGAAUAGUUACUUUGUGUUAUGAAAUGAUGCCAACAAUCUUCAUGUCAUCAUUUUUUAGCAUUCUCUGCUGCUGCUUUCUGCUUGUUUGCUCUCACACCUUUUCUCAUAAUUCUCAAUUUCAGACUUGAAAGUGAAUAUAAACAGCGUGUGCUAUAAGCCUUAGCACAACUGAAGUGGAAAAAUGAUCAAAAUGAUGAUAAAUGCCUUUAAACUGCCGUGUUUAAUGUUUGGUCUUCUACAACCAGGCUAAAAUUAUUGUUUAGUUGUUUUCAUUCCCAUUCAUUUGUUGUUGUUUUGGGGGGGUUUUUUUGGCACUUUUUGAAAGAGCACACGGUUGAAAACCUGUACCUGAACUGUGUAUAAUGUAGAAAGAAAUGCAUGUAGGUCCUUUGAUACUAUUCACAU